AUGUGGGGUGUACACAGCCGCCUGAGAACAGUGUGGCGUGUAAUACAGCCCUUCACUCUUUUACGUCAGGAAGCAGUUGCCAAGCCUACCCUCCAAGACCCACAAGAUGUUCCUGAGCAUCUUUCUUACACCUGCACCUAUGAACAUACAAC